UUACUUAUUAGGAAGCCAAGGCCCUCGACUCGGAUAGGAGGGCCUCAAAUCUCAGACCCCUGCUCUCUUCUAUCUCUGUCGCUCUCGUAUCUCCCGGUCCGUUGACCUUAACUUCUCUCUUCGAGACACCAGAAACCACUAAGUUCAGGAUCUGCUUUUCCCAAGCCCUGAUUUCUCAGAAUCCAAGAUCUGUUGAAGGAGCACAAACGACUGCGUCGAAGAAGAAUAAAUCAGUUCAGGUUUUGUGGGAUUUUGGUUUUCGAAGUUGUUAAAUGUUCUGUUUGCAGAUCUGGGUUUUGCGUUAGUGACUUGGGUAUUGUUUGUUCCGGAUUGGUGUGGGAGUAAUGUCGAUUUUGUCCAAGGGCGACCUUCCUGUCCAUAUUCGAGAAGUCUGGGACGAUAAUCUCGAGGAGGAGUUUUCUUUGCUUCGAGAAAUCGUUGAUAGCUUUAACUACGUGGCUAUGGACACUGAGUUUCCUGGGGUGGUUCUACGGCCGGUGGGGUCUUUCAAGAACAUCAAUGACCACAACUACCAGACUUUGAAAGACAACGUGGAUAUGUUGAAGUUGAUCCAGUUGGGCCUCACAUUUUCGGAUGGGAAUGGGAAUCUACCCACUUGUGGAACUGAUAAGUAUUGCGUUUGGCAAUUCAAUUUUCGCGAAUUUGAUUUGAGUGAAGAUAUAUUUGCUAGUGAUUCAAUUGAAUUGUUACGCCAAUGUGGGAUUGAUUUUAAGAAAAAUAGUGAGAAGGGGAUUGAUGUGAAACGGUUUGGCGAGCUCUUGAUGUCUUCAGGGGUUGUGUUGAAUGAUAAUGUUCACUGGGUUACAUUUCACAGUGGUUAUGAUUUCGGGUACUUGCUUAAGCUGUUGACCUGCCAGAGUUUGCCGGACUCACAGGCAGGAUUCUUUGAUUUGAUCAACAUUUAUUUCCCAAUGAUUUAUGACAUCAAGCAUAUGAUGAAGUUCUGCAACAGUCUUCAUGGGGGGUUGAGCAAGCUCGCGGAGUUGUUGGAGGUGGAAAGGGUUGGUGUAUGUCAUCAGGCAGGUUCCGAUAGUUUGCUAACGGCCUGCACAUUUAGGAAGCUGAGAGAUAAUUUCUUCAAUGGCUCGACGGAGAAGUAUGCUGGUGUUUUGUAUGGUCUUGGUGUUGACAAUGAAAAGAGUAAUAAUUGAAAGGAAAUAACUGCACAAGAAAGAAGUUUGAUUAAUAUAUGUAGAGACUACUUCAGUGUGAAACUUUCAGUUCCCUUUGUAUACUUUGGCAAAAGUGACUGUUGUAUUAGCCAUGACCUCUGUGCACAUGAAUUGUAAAUUCAACCUUGACUGGUUUUGUAGUUUGAGCUUCCUGUAAAGUAGUUGCAGUUAGUGCUUCAAUAAUAGUCUCUGGAUUUGCUUGGA